AUGGCGAGAUCAGAUACUCGUCUUGUGAGAUUCGGGGUUUUUGCCUUGAUCUUAAUUGUUGCCGGUUUUAUCUUAUCUAGGGGCUCCAACAAGGCCGUGUACGCCGGCUCCGGUGUCACUGAGCCAGUUGCCGCGAAGGAAGCUACCAGUGGGGGCCACAUUAACCAUAAGCUCUCCACCGUCAACGAUAUUGUCUUGAAGAAUACCCAGAAGACUUCUGGAGUUGAUGGCGGUAAGAGGGUCAAGGCUACUAUUGUCACCUUGGCCAGAAACCAGGAUUUGAUGCAGCUUGUCAGCUCCAUCAGAGUGGUUGAGGAUCGUUUCAACCACAAGUUCAACUAUGAUUGGACUUUCUUGAACGACGAACCGUUCUCUGACGAGUUCAAGGAGACCACCUCCGCGCUCGUGUCGGGUAACACCAAGUACGGGCUCAUCCCUAAGGAGCAGUGGUCUUUCCCAGAGUGGAUCGACACCGAGAGAGCCGCCAAGGUCAGAGAGGAGAUGAGAGAAAAGAAGGUUAUCUACGGUGACUCCAUCUCCUACAGACACAUGUGCAGAUACGAGUCUGGGUUCUUCUGGAGACACGAGUUGAUGAUGGAAUACGACUGGUACUGGAGAGUCGAGCCGGAUGUGAAGAUCUACUGUGACAUCGACUACGAUAUCUUCAAGUUCAUGGAAGAUAAUGGCAAGUCUUACGGGUUCACCAUUUCCCUUCCAGAGUACAAGGAAACUAUCCCAACCUUGUGGACCGAGACCAAGAAGUUUAUCAAGGAGAACCCACAGUACGUGCCAAAAGACAACAUGAUGGACUUUAUCUCUGAUGACAAUGGUAACACCUACAACGGGUGCCAUUUCUGGUCGAACUUCGAAAUUGCUUCUUUGAAGUUCUGGCGCUCGGACGCGUACCGGAAGUACUUUGAACACUUGGACAAGGCCGGUGGUUUCUUCUACGAGAGAUGGGGUGACGCGCCAGUCCACUCCAUCGCCGCCGCCUUAUUCUUGCCAAGAGACCAGAUCCACUUCUUCCAGGAUGUCGGUUACUUCCACAAUCCGUUCCACAACUGUCCAAUCGACAGAGACUUGAGAUUGAAGAACAAGUGUAUGUGCAACCCUAAGGAUGAUUUCACCUGGAAGGGUUACUCGUGCGUGCCAAAGUACUUUACCGUUAACAACUUGCAGAGGCCAAAGGGUUGGGAAAACUACACCUAA